AUGACAAAAAAUUAUCUCUUAAGUAAGAAUGAGGAAUUAUGCACUUGCCCCUGUAAAAAGUGUGUUAACCGAAACCCACCUACUUCAUUAGCUGAAAUUGAACAUCACUUGUUCACUACUGGCAUGGCAGGUAGUUAUAAGAUAUGGGUACUUCAUGGGGAAGAAGAUAAUCCUACACAAAACCAAUCAGCAUCUAGCCAUGACUAUGUCUUUAAUGAUGGUACAACCCAUUCUGGAAAUAAUACAGGUGUACUUGAUAUGUUACAUGAUGCUGAUAAUGCUGGGCCUUUUGAUAGUCAAGCAGAUACAGGUAGGCACGGAGAAACUAAUGAUGAUUCGGGUGAAGCUGAUAGUACAAAUAAUUUGGGUGAAUCUAGUACAAAGUUUGAGGAGCUAUUAGGCAAAGCUAAGCAAGAACUAUACCCUGGUUGUACAGAUUACUCGUCAUUAACUUUCCUUGUAGAGUUAAUGCAUCUCAAAGUGCUCAACUGUUGGAGCAACAAAAGUUUUGAGAUGCAGCUUGAGUUGCUUAAGAAAUCUUUUCCAAAAGAUAAUACAAUUCCGAGUUCAUACUAUGAAGCUAAAAAUAUAUUGCGUGAUCUUGGAUUGGGAUAUGAAUCGAUUGAUGCAUGUAAAAAUGACUGUGCUUUAUAUUGGAAGGAACAUAAGGAUAGGGAUGAUUGUCCAGUAUGCCACGAGCCUAGGUACAAAUUCAAUGACGGAAAGGGUAAGAAGAUCCCACACAAGGUACUGCGCUAUUUUCCUUUAAAACCAAGACUGCAGAGAUUAUUUGCUUCAAGGCAUACAGCUGAUGAUAUGAGAUGGCACAAAGAACAUGUUGCUCCUGAAGGGGUUUUAAGGCAUCCUGCUGAUGCUGAAGCAUGGAAGCAUUUUGAUUUGCGAUAUCCACAAUUUGCAGAAGAUCCUCGCAAUGUAAGGUUAGGUCUUGCUACUGAUGGGUUUAAUCCCUUUGGAAAUAUGAAUAAUGCGUACAGCAUGUGGCCAGUUAUAGUGAUGCCCUACAAUUUACCCCCUUGGAAGUGUAUGAAACAACUUUUUUUCAUGAUGGCGUUACUUAUUCCUGGCAAGAAAGCACCUGGAUGGAGUACAAAAGGUUACUUAGCAUGUCCAGUAUGUAAUGAUGACCCACCGUCUCGUGCAUUGAGGAGUAAGAUAGGUUAUCUGCAUCAUCGUAGGUUCUUGCCUCCCCAACAUCCAUGGAGGAGAAACAAACUUCAUGAUGGACAUGAUGAGCUUCACAGUCCACCGAAAGAGUUGACAGGCAUUCAACUUUUACAGCAAAUUGAAAAACUGGGAGAUAAAAGUUGUUUCGGAAAGCAUCCAGAUAAGAGAAGCAAGCAAAGAAGUCGUACCAAGAAAGAGCUGAGUUGGACAAAAAAGAGUAUUUUCUAUGAGCUUCCAUACUGGUCACAUCUUAAAAUCAGGCAUAAAAUUGAUGUUAUGCAUGUUGAGAAAAAUAUAUGCGAUAAUAUCGUGGGAACCUUGUUAAAUCAGGAAUUGAAGACCAAAGAUACGUUUAAAGCUCGCUUGGAUCUGGAAGACAUGAAUAUUAGACCAGAAUUGCACCUAAAGCGUAAAGGAGAAAAAUUUAUAAAGCCUCCAGCUUCCUAUGCUUUAACAACGGAGCAAAGGAAAGAGUUUUGUAGGUUUCUGAAAUCAGUGAAGUUCCCAGAUGGAUACGCAUCUAACAUAGCGAGGAGUGCUAAUGUGGAUGAUGGGAAGGUAUCAGGUUUGAAAAGCCAUGACUGUCACGUGUUGUUACAAAAAAUUCUCCCGGUUGGAAUUCGUUCGUUUCUGCCCACGGAUGUAUGCACUUCCUUAAUUGAGUUGAGUAGUUUCUUUCAUGAUUUAUGUGCGAAGAAACUGAAUGUGAGUCACUUGGAAGAAAUGGAAAAAGGUAUAGUUUUGAUUCUUUGUAAGUUGGAAAGAAUAUUUCCACCGGCAUUUUUUGAUGUCAUGGUUCAUUUGGCUAUUCACUUACCCCGAGAAGCUAAACUUGUUGGUCCAGUUGGUUAUAGUUGGAUGUAUCCUAUCGAAAGGUACCUUGGAACACUUAAGCGUUACGUGAAGAAUAAAGCACGACCAGAGGGUUCAAUAGCGGAAGCAUACAUUAUUAAUGAAGCUUUGACAUUUUGCUCAUUGUAUUUACGUGGGAUUGAAACUAAAUUUAAUCGCCCAGAACGAAAUGAUGAUAAUUCAGAUGAUAGUCAACGACGCAAGGGAAAGCUGUCUGUUUUCGCUCAGGAUGUCCGUCCCUUCGCAUCAAAAAGUUUUCUUAUUUAUCUUUGCCAAUACAUUGAACAUUUGAAUGUGCUGAAAGCAGAAUCAAAUGACAACUUGUUACAGAGGCAUCAAAAACUAUUUCCUGUGUGGUUUCGAAAUCGGAUCGGAAAAUUGUAUCAUGAAAAGUUUUCAGGGGUUAGUGAUGAAUUGCAUUCGUUAGCACAGGGUGUUGAAUCUCGCGCAAAAUCAUUUUCUGCUUGUAUCUAUAAUGGAGUUCGAUUCCAUACCAAACAACGCGAACUUCGUCGAACGACCCAGAAUAGCGGAUUGGUAGUAGAUGGGGAACACAAUAGUAAGCCAAUUGAAUUCUUCGGUAGCUUGCAAGAUGUUAUUGAGUUAGACUUUUUGUAUGGAUACCGAGUUGUGUUAUUUAAAUGUGAUUGGUUUGACGUAACUCCUGGAAAUACAAGAAUUCGAAAGGAUUAUAGUUUGACAUGUAUAAAUACUAAUAGAAUAUGGUACAAGAGUGAUCCUUUCGUUCUUGCAUCACAAUCGCAACAAGUGUUCUACCUAGAUGACUAUAAGCAUGGAGCAAAUUGGAAAGUGGUUCAGAAAAUGCAUCAUAGACACAUAUGGGAUGUUCCUGAAAUGGAUAUCAAUGAAGUACAACCAGAAACAGAAACAACUAUCGACGAGGCAUAUCACCAUAACAAGGAGGCUCCAUUGCUAUUAUCCGCUGUUCGGGAAGAUGAUAAUGAGGCAACUGUACUUUAUAGAGAUGUUGAUGUUGAACUCAAAAUCAUAGAUGCAGAUCUUGUUCUAGCUGAGGAUGUCAUAGAUGAUGAUGAGGAUGAAGAGGAAGAAGACGAAACAUUGUUUAACUACAACAAUGAUGUGGCAGAGCCUGAGGAUAUUGUGCCAGAAGAAGAUGACUCAGAUCUAGAAUAUUAG